AUGCUUGCCCCCACUGCUGAGAAUGGCACUGAGGCCCAGCCAGGCACUGGGACAAAGGUUAACCCGGGACACUCCUGCACAGCGAUCCUGAUGUCUGUUCUGAGCCGUGCACUCAGAGGUCUGAUAAGUGACCGGCUCGGCAGCAUGGCGUCCGCCGAGCCCCUGACGGCGCUGUCCCGCUGGUACCUGUAUGCCAUCCACGGCUACUUCUGCGAGGUGAUGUUCACGGCGGCCUGGGAGUUCGUGCUGAACUUUAACUGGAAGUUCCCGGGGGUCACGAGCGUGUGGGCGCUCUUCAUCUACGGCACCUCCAUCCUCAUCGUGGAGCGCAUGUACCUGCGCCUGCGGGGCCGCUGCCCGCUGCUUUUGCGCUGCCUCAUCUACACGCUCUGGACCUACCUAUGGGAGUUCACCACCGGCCUCAUCCUGCGCCAGUUCAAUGCCUGCCCCUGGGACUAUUCCCAGUUCGACUUUGACUUCAUGGGCCUCAUCACCCUGGAGUACGCCGUGCCCUGGUUCUGCGGGUCCCUCAUCAUGGAGAAGUUCAUCAUCCGCAACACCCUCCGCCUCCGCUUUGACAAGGACGCCGAGCCCGGGGAGCCCAGUGGCCGCCUGGCCCUGGCCAACGGCCACGUCAAGACAGACUGA